AUGGCCCCCAAACUCCGCGUCCUCGUCUCCACCCCAGACUCCCCCGGCUACCCCCCCACCACCCCCAUCCCCGUCAACUCCCCCUCCCCCUCCCCGCUCUCCACCCCAGGCUUCGAGGGCCACAUCUGGGUAUUCGUCAAAGACUACUCUGGCGCCCACCUCGCUGGCGACGGCGCCGAAUACUUUGCGGAAGAAGGCCGGGAAGGGAUGACUUAUGGCAUUGUGGUGAAGGGUAGGUUCAGAGAGGAGGUGGGAGGGGAUGAAGUCGUUUUUGGGAAUGUGUUUGAGAAGCCUAUUAGGGAUAGUCUGCCGUGGGGGACUAGUGUGGCUACCAAGUUUAUGUACUUUAUUGAUCCGACGCUGGAGCUGGAUAUCUACGCCGACAAGCCCUGGGCCCUCUCGCCCGCUCUGGCGACGAUGAACUACCUCUCCCUCCAGGAAAGCAGCGACAUCCCCAAAGACCUGCGUAUCAAAGAAGAUGCUCCAGAGUAUCUCAAAGCCAAAACCGGAGGCCCUUCUGCAGAAGGUUCCGAAAAAGCCAAGAUUACCGCAAGAAGAAAGUGGCUCGGGUCGAAAGCCAAUAGGGAGAAGGUCAAGUUGAACAAGGACGUUGUGGUGGGUAUGGAGUUUGCCAACGGGCUUCUCGGUGAGUUCCUCUUUCCUCUUCUUGCUACCCACAGGCAUUUGCGCACUUGCUCACACAAAAGGACAAGACUUCAACACCCUCUCCGCCACCCUCCCACCCCCAUUCAAAGCCUCCUUCCCCCUGCUCAAAUACUGGGACGGCCAGCCCGUGACAUAUGCCUGCCAGCGCCGCGCAAAAGACGGCGAGAGCCCGGUGGGGCAGGAGGUGUUUUGGAGUGUGGCGUUUGAGAUUGUUGAUGAGGAUGCGAAGCGAGAGUUGGAGAAGAAACAUGGUGGAAAGGGGGGAGAGAAAGGGAAGAAGGGUGAGAAGGAGAGCGUUGAUGAGAGUGCGGGUGAUAGCCAGGCCGAUGAUGUUGAUUAGAAUUGCCCAAGGUAAAGAGUCCGUAGAAUGUUGUACCCUUUUACAUGAAUUCACAUGCUACAC